CUUCGUCAUCAGCAGAAUGCAUUUCUAAGUAUAAGAAAACGUGAAAAUGGCUCUUCGGACUCCAUUAUCAUCACUCGUGUUCAUACUCCUGUUCUGUCACAUCAGUGCACGGUCAGACCAUUUAUUGAUGAGAGAGAAAAAGGCUAUUUUUGACCAAAUAUAUCGCAAUUAUGACGGACGCUUGCGCCCGGUUGGUACCAACGGAACAGGCCCUACAGUGGUGACGUGUAACAUGUACGUGAGAGGAAUAAACGACUUCGAUGACUCAAAAAUGGAAUAUGAAACACAACUGACAUUUCGACAGUCGUGGGUGGAUGAUAGAUUGAGGUAUCUGAGCAGAAAUGUCUCGUACAUGACUUUAGAUUCACCAGGAAGAUUGUGGCAACCUGAUGGAUUUUUUCCGAAUGAAAAUUCUGGGAAAUUUCACAAUAUUAUUAUGCCAAAUACUUUCACCAGAAUUUAUCCAAACGGGACUGUGCUCUACAGUAUCAGGAUAUCUUUGAAGCUGUUUUCUCCGUGUAACUUAGAGAAUUUCCCGUUUGACAACCAGGUGCGCACAAUAAUAUUCGCAAGUUAUGGUUACACAACUGACGAUUUGGUAUUCUUGUGGAAACGUGAUGACCCUGUGCAAGUGACGAAAAAUCUGCAUAUGUCAAAAUUUACACUGAAUUCCUUUUUUACUGACCAUUGCAAGUCUAGAACUAAUACAGGGGAGUACAGUUGCUUGAAAUUUGACAUGCUGUUUUCCCGAAAUUUCAACUACUAUCUAGUACGUCUAUAUCUGCCGACGGCUGCUCUCGUCUUGCUGUCAUUCGUCACAUUUUGGUUACGUUCACACAUGACAACAGCACGUUUUGGUAUCUGGAUGGGCAGCCUUAUAUGUUUCUUCGUAGUGAAUACCUCGGCCAAUGACCUCAUUCCCGAAAUAUCCUAUACGACAGCUCUGGACGUCUGGAUGGGGGUCUGUGUUUGCCUUAUAUUCGGAGUUUUAUUAGAACACUGUCUGGUUGUAAAUAUGAAUGAAAAAUCGGAUCAACAAGGACUGAACGUUUCAGGCGAGCAGAUUACAGAAGAG